GUUCAACGUCGCCCAGAAGACUUCCCCGCGAUCUUCCUCCCAACCACCUCUUUUCCGGUCCGGCGGUUCAAUUUCGCUCACCCGCACAGACGGCAGGAAUAGGAGGGGUGAGGUAUCGACGAUUCCCAUUUGACAGCUGAUAAGGAGGGAAAAUCGCACCAACAUCUACUCACAACUUUCUUACAAAUACUCGAUAUUGUCAAGAACACAAAACGCAACAAUUGGGACAAGAUGGGUUCCCAACCAACAAUAGAUAUGGACUUUGUAGCUCUUCCCAAAAUCGAGCUCCACGCCCACUUAACGGGCAGCAUAAGUCGUCGCAUCCUCCACGACAUCUGGGUCAUCAAACACGAGGCAGGCGAAACGGACCUCGAGGACCCCCUCGUCGUGAUGCCGGACGGCAAACACGACUACGAUCUCACCACCUUCUUCCCUCUCUUCUCAUCCUACAUUUACAACCUCAUCACCGACGUCGACACCCUUCGCAAAGCAACACUCUCCGUCCUGCAAGACUUCCACGCAGACGGCGUAACCUACCUCGAACUCCGCACCACCCCGCGCUCCCUCUCCUCGCCGACCUCCGAACCGCCGUCCGUCUACGUUGCCACCAUCCUCUCCGCGAUAGACGCUUUCGAAGCAUCUCACAGGGAUAACCCAAACGCCAUGCGCACCCGCCUCAUCCUCUCCGUCGACCGCCGCCACACCCCAUCCCAAGCCCACGAAACAGUCCGCCUCGCAGCCUCCUUCCGCGACAGGGGCGUCGUCGGCGUAGAUCUCUGCGGCGACCCGGCCGCCCGCGUCCACACCGCGGGCCAGGACGACGACAACUCGGAAACCAUCUCCAUCUUUCGCCCCGCCUUCGCCGAAGCCCGGACCCUCGGCCUCGGCAUCACGAUCCACUUUGGCGAGGCAGAGUGCUCCGGCCACCCGGCGGAGCUCGCCGAGAUCCUGUCGUGGUCGCCGCGCCGGCUGGGCCACGUGAUCCACCUCGGCGAAGACGUGAAGCGGGAAAUCGCCAAGCGCGGUAUCGGGCUCGAGUUGUGUCUCAGCUGCAACGUCCACGCGGGUAUGGUGACGGGCGGGUUCGAGGGCCAUCACUUUGGGGAGUGGUGGGGCGUAGAAGGGAGCUUGAUAUCUCUAGGCACCGAUGACGUUGGCGUCUUCGGCAGUCCCUUGUCCAACGAGUACAGGCUGGUAGCGGAGCACUUCAAGCUCUCUCGCGACGAGAUCUGCGCCCUCGCCCGACGGGGCAUAGAGACCAUCUUUGCAGACGAGACGGAGAAGGAACGCCUCCGGCAACUAAUGUGGAAACCUGCCGUCACCACUACUGCAGCUGCUGCUCAACAAUAAACAAGUGCCUUAUCCCAUCGAUGAACCGAGUAGACCGAAAAACGAUCCAGCAGAGGGACCUGCGAACGUGUUGAUGGGCCACAUCGGGAGAGCGGUUAUCGACAACUUCGUCACCAAACCUUUCCUGGGAUGGAGAUUUUGGCCCAAUCCGGCGUCUAUCAGAACACCCAAAUUCGAUUUGUUCUCUCUGGUCCUUGCACCGGACCGGUACAAAACCCCGAG